CCCCAGCCACCACUAGUUACGGAUCACAAAAUGGCCUCCCUCUCUCCGUCGACCUGGAACACCCUUGGACUUGGAGUCGCCGCAGGAUGGGCCACGCUGGGCCUUGUCGGCUUCUUCCAACCAGCUCGAUCGGCUGAGUUGUUUGGAGUCAUACCUUCAGCAAAAGACAGCAGCAAGGAAACCAACCGGGCUAUGGCACUCAUCCUUGGUUCUCGAGACUUUUCUAUCGCUACAGCAUUGUUUGUGCUAGGCAGGGCGGGCAGGAAUGAAGAGAUGGGCACGUUGAUUCUCAGCGCUCUGGCCAUCUGCGGAGCUGAUAUCUACCUUGUUUGGAAGGCAAAGAGAUAUGCCGAGACCAUCACUUUCACAGUUGGUGCUGCUAUAUGGGGAGCUAUCGGGCUGGGUCUGUGGGCAUCUCCGCUCAAGUAG